CUGGCGCCUAGCCCAGGCGGCAUGCGGGCGCUCCUGCUGCUGUGGCCCCUGGCGUUGGGGCUCAGCCUGGACAAUGACACCCAGACCCCCAAUAUCUACGAUGAGGGCGGGAGUGUGGGGGAAAGUGAUGGUGAGUGACCUCAGGCCCUCCCGGGCCCCCGGGGCUUCCCCGGCCAGCCCUGCGCCAACGACAGCGACACUCUGGAACUCCCGGACAGCUCUCGGGCGCUGCUGCUGGGCUGGGUGCCCACACGAUUGGUGCCCACACUCUACGUGCUGGCCCUGGCGGUGGGGCUGCCCGCCAACGGGCUGGCGCUGUGGGUGCUGGCCACCCGGGUGCCUCGGCUGCCCUCCACCGUGCUGCUGAUGAACCUGGCGGCUGCUGACCUGCUGCUGGGCCUAGUGCUGCCGCCUCGUGUCGCCUACUACCUGCGCGGCCAGCGCUGGCCCUUCGGCGAGGCCGCCUGCCGCCUGGCCACGGCAGCGCUCUACGGCCACAUGUACGGCUCCGUGCUGCUGCUGGCCGCCGUCAGCCUGGACCGCUACCUGGCCGUCGUGCACCCGCUGCGGGCCCGCGCCCUGCGAGGCCGGGGCCUGGCCACCGGGCUCUGCGCGGCAGCCUGGCUGGUGGCGGCCAGCCUGGCACUGCCCCUGGCACUGCAGCAGCAGACCUUCCGGCUGUUGCACUCGGGCCACGUGCUCUGCCACGACGCACUGCCCGUCGGCGCCCAGGCCUCCUACUGGCGGCCCGCCUUCAUCUGCCUAGCGGUGCUCGGCUGCUUCCUGCCCCUGACGGCCAUGCUGCUGAGCUACGGGGCCACCCUGCACACGCUGGCCACCGGGGGCCGGCGCUACGGCCACGCGCUGAGGCUGACCGCGCUGGUGCUGGCCUCGGCCGUGGCCUUCUUCGCGCCCAGCAACGUGCUGCUGCUGCUGCACUACUCGGACCCGGGCCCCGAGGCCUGGGGGGACCUGUACGCCGCCUACAUGCCCAGCCUGGCUCUCAGCACCCUCAACAGCUGCGUGGACCCCUUCGUCUACUACUACGUGUCGGCAGAGUUCAGGGACAAGGUGCGGCAGGGGCUGCUCCGCCGAGCGCCAGGGCCCGCGACAGCCUCCAAGGAGAGGGGCGGCCCGGGGACGGGCACCCGGUCCUCCUCGCUCGUGUGAUGGCCCCUUAGAAGGGGGAGCAAACGGGGAGGGAAUCGUGCUGGGUUGGAUAGGGUCCCCUCCCAAUUCAUGUCCACCGGGGACCUCCGAAUGUGAGCUUGCUUGGAAAUACGGUCUUUGCAGGUACUAUUAGUUAAGACGAG